GCCCGUUGGCCUCUUGUUAUAACCUGUACAUUGUCUUUCAGACUGCGUGGCCCCUGAAUGGUCUGGAGUUUAUGCGGUCUAUCUACCACUGUCUGUGUCAGGCUCUAGAAAUACACUACACUGAGGAUACAUGUGACCAGUCGGACCUCGUCAAUAAGACCAAGAUCAACAUAACAGCUGUGUUGGAUCCUGUAAAGAAACUGAUCACAAAUUUACAACACCUGUAUGACCUCUACCACAAGUACAGGUGUUAUCUGACCUUUGCUCAGUUCUUAGCUGAGACUACGGAGUCAGUUACCUUUAGGAUGUUGGAUAAUGUGGUUGCCUUGGAGAUGAUUCAGACCCGCCUGACCCAACAGAUACGACCUUACAUGCAGGAGCAUCACCUGAAAGAGGACACAGUCUUCACCAAAUAUGUCAAGGACCUGUUGGAAAGGAGUAUGGGGCUGACCUCAUUCUAUGGAGAAGCACCAUGGGAAGCCAAAGUGAUAGCAGUCAUUGGUUGUAUCAAGGAUCCCAGGUCCAAGUGUGAGGCCAUUCUAGAGACGAUGAAGAUGGCUCGUAUUCCUCUGUCAGCUCAGAUAGAGAAACUGAUACAGGAGGGCAUGGAACUAGAACAUCCCAAAGCAACAGAGAUACAGGAGCAAUACAAGAUGGUGACUGUCAGAAAACUGGUUCUCAAGUAUGGAGUUAACCGGGUACCAGACAAACAGUCCAAUGAGGACCUGAUAAAGUACAUCCUGGUCCAAGACAAGCCAGACUGUGUACAGGACGCCCUGAGUGUGAUGGAGGCGUAUGGUAACACCGAGUACCAACAGGAAAUCUAUCUCUUCAAGUGUAGGCAUCUCAUACACAAAAACAAGUUAUAUGAGUGUAUGGAGCUGCUGAGACAGUGCCCCGCCCACUUGACCUUGACCUGCUGUCGUCACCUGAUAGGAUUUGUUAUUGUUCACCUUAAAGACCCAGUCAUCUUUGAUAAAAAUGUGUGCUACAUCAGAAAACAGCUGUUGUGUGAGGCUGGGAUUUACCUGAUCAAAUUCAUUAUCAGCAGAAUUCCAGAUAAGUUUGAAGUUGAGGAUUUAGAGUUCUUGCUGUUAAAUGUGAAAAAUGUCCAUGCAUUGCUGAAAGAAUUUUCCAUUUAUUUAACACUGGACCAGUAUGUCAAACCAGACAUCAGAAGGAAAACCCUGCAUACCUACAUGGGGGACUUCUUCAAAAAGAAGGGCAGAAAUUGGACUGAUGCCUACAGACUGGCAGAGAUAUUACAGGUGUCUAACAUUGAGAUGGAAGGGGAGAUGAUCAUGCAGGCUGCUAAAAAAGGAGAAAUUAAAGAUGUCCUCAGAAUCUGCAAGAAACUACUAGACUCUGGUCCCUCAGAGAAGACUGCUGAGAUUUUCUACAACGUGGCCUUGGUUCUACAAGAAGUAUUAAGUGGAUCAGAGAAUGGAGUAGAGAGUCUGAGAAGCUUACCUAAGAUCACACAUCAGCUGGUGUGUCAGGCCAUGAACAUGUGCUCACCCAGUCUCUUACCCAGUCUGAUCACGCUCAGUAAAGUCACAAGUCUCUGUGAAGCUGUAGACAGUCAAUGUGAGGCAGCCAGCACCUGUCAGGAUGACAUUUGGGAGGGAGUUGUUCAGGGCAAGACAGUGGACAGAGACUGGAGAAUUGACGACUCGUUUCAGGAUGAUGCUCUCGUGAUGAAUUCACAGUUUGUUCUCCCCCUGGUUGCUAAGUAUGCAAUGUCACAGCCAGCAACCACAAGUAAUGAAGAUAAACCUGGCCCUGACCUGGCCAUCCAGAAACAGACCGUGUUACCUGUCCUUCAACAUCUGAAGGACAACAGUCAUCACCUGCUGGCUCUACAGUUUGCCCUUCAUAUGACCUUCACUGCCAUGGAAACCAUUAUGACCCCAACAGAACAACAUGACUCCAGCAACCCUGCAGAUAAUAAUAAAGUGAAUCAACUGAUGCAGCAAAGUUCACCCCUCAUCAGAGAGUUUACCUCAGCUCUUCUCAUGAAGGUGUUUAACUGUCAAGAAGUGGACCACAGACUGGCACUGUCUCUCCUCAUCAACCGACCCAAAAACGAGGGACUGAAGAUGAUGAUGAGUCUGAUCAAAGCCUCGGGACACAAGUAUAAGAAACUCAGGGCCAUGGGUAAUGUGGGUAUAGGCAUUGGUCAGCUCUAUAGAGAGGCCUCGGUGAUAGAAAUGUGUGAGAAACUGAAGAAGAAUGCCAGCUGGGGGCACAGACUGGGAAAAAUGAAGAUAAAUUUCAGUGAAGUAUUUGGAAAUCCAGACAGUGAGAAAAGAAAGUUGCUGCCACAACUCGUCCAAAGUGAGGCAGCUUCUGUGUCCCUGAUCCAAGAAUUUUGUCGGGAGUUUUGUCUGGAUGAGGAUGAAGCCUUGAUGCUCUACCUGGAUCACGUCUUCACCAAACCUGAAUCUCUGGAUCUGUUGAACGGAACAUCGAAGCUGGACAAAGCUAGGAUUGCUAUCAGAGAGAUCAGUGCCAAGGACAAUCUGAUGAAGAAGCUCGUCACCAUGUACAGCAAGACAGAUUCCUAUGAUUAUGAAACCUUAGCUUUCCUGUUGAAUGAGAUGCAGAGACUGGAAAUUCAGAUUAAUCAACUUCAUCCAGAUAAGGUCUUGUUGUUGCUGAAUUACUUGAGAGUUUACAAGAGGAAGUCAGAGCCCUCUAAGUAUGAAGUACAGCACCACUCAGGAGAAAACAGGGACGAUCUUCAUAUAAUGGAGUGUUUACCCGCUGCCAGUAAAAAUCGUCUUCCGUUUCAUCCCCUGGUAAAUGACGACCCCUGGAAAAUCAUCACACCUGAGUUGACCAAAGAGACCAUAGCUACCUGGUUGAACAUGGCACCACUUUUAAAGCUGGACAGAGACCAGUUAUUCCUGAUGACUAUCAGAAACAUGGUACAGAGACACGUGGGGGUGGUGAAGAAAUCGGGUCAUCAGCCCGGAACUAACGCCGUGGACAAGGCCCAGUGGAACUGGGAAAUGAAGGAAGCCAACACAGAACUUCUCAGUGACGUACAGGAGCUUCUGAAGCAGGUGUCUAACUGUGAAACGGCUAUGGCCUGUGCUAAAUGGAUGGUAGCUGAGCUACCACUAGGAGCAGAAAAAGUUCUUGCUCUGGCUGGCUGUAUGACAUAUGCAGAGCUUUGGUAUAAAUCAGUCCCUGAUGAUAAUCCAACCAAGGAAAAAGCCAAGGCAGCAUACAAAAAGUUCUUGGGUGCCUAUCAGCGUUUGGCAACAGAACAAAUUCUGUUUGUAAACAAAGUGGGAGAGCCCGAGUUAGUACAGUUGGCGGGAAAUCCUGUCAAACUGAUCUCCAAACUGUACGAGCACCACAGCAUUACACAGACAGACCCCUCCCUGCCUAGACCUGAUAUCCACAAGGUGGCUGAGGAGAUAGCUAAAGUGACCCACACUGACCUACAUAAGAUGAGACUGACCCUCAUCAAUCAGUGGCUUCCUUCCUCCUCCUCAAAACUGACUGAUGGAGAGUCCACUGUGACAUUUAACUUUGAGAGUCUAAAGUUAGCAGAACAAAGUAUGAUGAAUGAUGCAGAAGAUGAAAUCAUCAACUUAAAAAGAGUCCUGUAUCUUCUUCAGCAAGGAUCAGCAGAGGAGAAUGUUACGUUUCUCCUUAACUUUGUAUUUGAGAAUCAGAAUACAGGAGAAAUGACUUCAGUCACCAACAUGUGUAAGAUGCGAGCCUUACAUUGCUUGCUGGAAUUACGCCAAGACGAGAUUGUCCAGAAAAUGUGCGGUCGUAGUAUUGAGGACUUAAGGAGCCUGUUGAAGACAACCAGUUACCUGAUAGCCCUGGAGAAGCUCCACAUACUGCACUCCGUGGAGACGUUUGAAUCCUCCAAUAAGGAGGGGCUGAUCAAGGGAAUCUGGAGAAACCACAGUCAUCAGAAAUCUGCCUGUAUGCUGGUAGCUGCCCUGUGCCUUGAUUACAAAAUUUAUGAUGUUCAGAUUUGGAAUGGAGUUUUACAACAGCUUGUUCACUUUGGUUUGAUGGAUCAGCUGGAGUAUGUGUUGGGAAGACUGAAUGCAGCACCAGAAGUCUGGCAGACUCCUAUGUUCUCCACAGCUUGGCAAACCCUGGUCGUCACACCACUUACAAAAGUGGUUGCCCCAUUAACAGAGGAGCAAUUAGACACAUGUGUUCACAUCUUCAAUUUGAUAAUCAGGUGCCCAGUGCUGAGUGACACUAACAUUGUAUCAUUGGUGAGACAGCAGUACCUGAAGUUAGAGCUCCCUCUGUGUGCAUUGGCUUGUGUAUUAAUGUCAGACAACUCUGUACAGGAAAGACAGGAUAUUUUAAGUCGGCACAGACUGGGUUUACUUAAAGACCGUGAUCGAUUGAUGAAACAUGGAAUGAUGGCUGUGGAAAUCAAAAAGGUGGAGGAAGCAGUAUUUCUCUACCUCCUUGACACAGAAGAUUUCCAAGAAAUCUCUGAAUCCCCUUUAUCCAAGUCCUUCUUUAAGUUUGCUGUAGAACAUAACAACAUCGAUGGUAUUCUUCAGUUUGCUGUCAGACAUCAAAAAAUAAAAGAAGCAGCCUCCUUAUUGGGGAUGUUGUGUUCCCGGAAUGCUCUCCUGACUAAAAGACUGGAAUCCUGCAGGAGUGACUCUAUAUUUAUGCUUAAGAAAUAUUUGGAACUACAAGGACAUCAGGAGGUGAGCGAAAUGAUUUAGAAACUUUGGAAAAUUUCAUCUAGAGGGAAAACUCAACAAGUCGAAAAAUGUGUUCAUUUCUGUUAAAAUCUGUCAAAUUAUUACAGAUUUAACAUAAAAACAAG